UCAUGUAAACGUUAUCUAUGCUUGAAGUACAAUUCCUACCAUGCAAUGGACACCGAAAUUUGGGUGAAAAUUCGACUUUAUUUGCUUGAUAUUGAGGAUAUCACGUUGAUAGCUCUACCCCAAAAUGGACCUGCUGCUGCAAAUGGACAAUUUCGAUAGCACCAUAGAGGAUUGGGCUACAUAUAUCGAGAGACUUGAGCAGUAUUGCUUUGCUAACGAUGUAGAAGGUGAAAGAAAAGUGGGGGUACUUCUGGGUGUAAUGGGAGCUAAAACAUAUAACUUGCUAUGUACCCUUACAGCACCGACAAAGCCAGAAGAGAAGACCUUCAAAGAGAUUGUAAAUGCGUUACAGACUCAUCUAAAUCCAAAGCCGCUGGUCAUAGCCGAACGUUUCCGAUUUCACAAACGGAAUCAGCAAAAGACAGAGUCAAUACCGGAGUACAUUGCGGAGCUCCGCCAGCUCUCGCAGUAUUGUCAGUUCGAACAGGGAUUGUCGGAUGCGCUCAGAGACAGGCUUGUAUUCGGGUUACACAACGAGAGCACACAGAAACGGCUCUUAUCAGAAAUAGAUCUGACAUUGGCGCGCGCAUUGGACAUAGCCAUAUCAAUGGAAACUGCCGCAAAAGAUGCAGGAGAGUUACAGAGGAAAAAUACAGUGGAAUGCACAGUGAACAAGUUUAACACCCGACGUCAAGAGAAAUCACAGGCAUGCUUUCGGUGUGGUAAAAAGGCACAUGACCCUGUCGAUUGCUGGUUUAAAGACAAAGACUGUAGACAAUGUAACAAAAGAGGACACAUACAGAAAAUGUGCAAAUCGAAGCAGAGUGAAAAAAAGUCACCCAAAACAGGAAAGAGAGACGGAAAAGUGCAUCAGGUUACUGAAACUGAUUCAAAUGACUCUGAUGAAGAAGACAUGUCAUGUCUUGACCUUUUCUCUCUUAAAGAGACAGAUCGCAAAAUAAUCUGUGUGACACCUGAGGUAGAGGGGGUGGCACUAAAAUGCACAAUGUUUGACAGCAAGGACAGCAGUUUACAUACAGAUAGACAAUUGCGUCAGAAAACGUUGGAGAAAGGGAAGGAAAUGGCCACAAUAUCUGAUGAUGAUGGUGGUGUUGAUGAUGAUGAUGACGAUUAUGAUUAUAACGGUGAUGAUG